AUGCUACCUCCACCAUUUGUCCCUGAACCUAAAAUGGUCUAUGCCAGGGAUAUUGAUGACGUGGGAGCCUUCAGCACAGUCAGAGGGGUGGUCCUUGAUUACAAAGACACAGAGUUUUACAACGAUUUUGCUUCCGGCAACAUCCCAAUCCCUUGGCAGGAGGAGAUGAUCGAGACAGGCGUGUUUGGAGAAAUUAACAUUUGGGGAGAGAAUGACAAGCUGCCGAAUGACCUUAAUCCAGAUUUUGUGGAAACAAAAGGCUUUGUUGGCUGGAUUAUGGUUUACGUAUCACUAGAAGACCAGUAUUGGAAAGAGUCCACCACAGAGGGGAGCGUAAUUACAACCUCUACCAUUUACGAGAACCUGUGGAUGUCUUGUGCAAGUGAUUCCACGGGGAUCUAUAACUGCCGUGACUUUCCAUCCCUUUUUGCUCUGCCAGGAUAUAUUCAGGCCUCCCGAGCACUGAUGAUCGCUGCCAUCGUGUUUGGGACAUUUGGACUUGCGGCCAGUCUUGUUGGAAUGCAGUGUUCCAAAAUAUGUGGGGAGAACUACAUUCUCAAGGGGAGAAUUGCAGCAAUUGGCGGAGUAUUCUUUCUACUCCAAGGGAUUUGCACCAUGAUUGCCGUCUCUUGGUAUGCGGCCAACAUCACACAGGAGUUCUUCAACCAGCUUUACAUGGGAACAAAGUAUGAGAUCGGUGAGGGCCUGUACAUCGGCUGGGCUUCGGCGAUUCUUGCCAUCUGUGGAGGCUCCUGCCUGCUGUGCUCGUGCAGACUCAAGUCGACAAGUGAAAAAACCUAUUAUCCAUACCAGCCACCCUCCAGAGGCCAUGUGCUGUCCACUGUGUCGAUGUCUCAACCUCCACCGAGCAACUAUGGGAGAAAUGCCUACGUCUGAGUGCACGCUGAGACACAUUUCAUGCUUUACAAGAGAAUAAAGAAUGAUUUUUUUUAAUAAAUAUUAAAUGCAAUGAGCAGUCAAGAUUAA